UGCCUGCGCUCUCGCUGCUGGAAGACGGAGCCUUCAAAACUCAAGCCAGAAUACUCCCGAGUAGAGCAGAGGGAAGGAGCUGUGUGCCUGGACAGCGGAGAGAGAACGGAGAGAGAACGGAGAGUUACGUCUAGAUUAUAGAGCACUGGGCAAUAACGGCAAUACGGAACGUUUUGGUUUGCAUUCUAUGAAAGAUCGUUUUUACGUACGAGCCUUGAACAAAUGGACUAUUUCGUUUAGAUUUGUGUUUUUUUUUGUUUUUGUGUUUUCUUUUCGUUUAAAUUUUUUGGGACAAGUAAAUGCGCCGGAGGAAGAAAGUCCAAAGGAAAUACAAAAUAAAUAUCUUCUCACUGGUUUGGAGACAACCAAAACACUCACUUCAGAUAUCAGCGAGCGAAAGCAUCAAUUCCGUGGACUAAAAACCGCUACGGAUUUAUGAAUGAAUUCAUACAGAUUUUUUAUUUUAAUUUUAACAGGUCCAUAAUUUCUUUGUUUUUUGAAUAUUAUCUGGAUGACAUUGUGUCCUUUUUCUCUCCGUGAUUCUGAACGCCGCAGUGGCCACAAUAGUUUUGAAUCUUCUAAAUUAUUAAAUUGAAAUAACGGGGCAAAAAAUAUUAUUCAUUUUAAAUAAGAAGAAACAAAAGAAGUGUUAAGCGAGGGGGAAUUGAUAUCGCCGUUGUGUUGAACACCUCAACCACAGACCGACGUCUUCCCGGUGGAGACGCGUGUUACUCGUGAGCGGAGAAAACAGUUUUGCACGAGGAAGAAGACUUUCACGGCGAGUUCUUCUCUCCGGGAUUGGGGAAGGGUGAAACUUCACCUCCGAAAAUGGAUAUAUUACCGUGGCUCUGUGGAUGUUUACUGGCGGUGUGUUUACCACAAAUAGUUAUCGGGGAAGAAGAAGAGCUGGUAUACUCCAUCCUGUUAGAAGAGCUGGUUUACUCCAUCCUGUUAGAAGAGCUGGUUUACUCCAUCCUGUUAGAAGAGCUGGUCUACUCCAUCCUGUCAGAAGAGCUGGUCUACUCCAUCCUGUUAGAAGAGCUGGUCUACUCCAUCCUGUUAGAAGAGCUGGUAUACUCCAUCCUGUUAGAAGAGCUGGUAUACUCCAUCCUGUUAGAAGAGCUGGUAUACUCCAUCCUGUCAGAAGAGCUGAAGAGCUGGUCUAUCAUCCUGUCAGAAGAGCUGGUCUACUCCAUCCUGUUAGAAGAGCUGGUCUACUCCAUCCUGUCAGAAGAGCUGGUAUACUCCAUCCUGUUAGAAGAGCUGGUAUACUCCAUCCUGUUAGAAGAGCUGGUCUACUCCAUCCUGUUAGAAGAGCUGGUCUACUCACUCCUAAGAGCUGGUUACUCCAUCCUGUUAGAAGAGCUGGUCUACUCCAUCCUGUUAGAAGAGCUGGUAUACUCCAUCCUGUUAGAAGAGCUGGUCUACUCCAUCCUGUUAGAAGAGCUGGUCUACUCCAUCCUGUCAGAAGAGCUGGUCUACUCCAUCCUGUUAGAAGAGCUGGUCUACUCCAUCUCUAUAAAGGUUUAUUUUUGGAGAGGCAGAUAUGACUUCGUAGAGAUCCGUGAUGGAAGCAGUGAGAACGGAGAUCUGCUGGGUAAACACUGCAGCAACAUCGCCCCUCCAGCCAUCAUCUCCUCCGGCCCCAUGCUCCACAUCAAGUUUGUCUCCGACUACGCUCACCAGGGAGCUGGUUUUUCACUGCGCUACGAGAUCUUCAAAACCGGUUCAGACUGCUCCCGUAACUUCACCAGUCAGAAUGGGAUCAUUGAGUCUCCGGGGUUCCCUGAUAAAUACCCUCAUAACCUGGAGUGUUCCUUUAUUGUCAUCGUGCCCCCGGCCAUGGACGUGACCCUGACCUUCCUGACCUUUGACCUGGAGAACGACCCCCUGCCCGGGGGAGAGGGAGACUGCAAGUACGACUGGUUGGAGGUCUGGGACGGUCUGCCACAGGUGGGGCCUCUGAUAGGACGUUACUGUGGAACUAAGAUCCCUCCAGAGAUCACGUCAUCUACAGGUAUCCUGUCUCUGUCCUUCCACACGGACAUGGCUGUGGCCAAAGAUGGCUUCUCUGCUCGCUACAACAUGACGCACAAAGAAGUCAGCGACACCUUUCAUUGCAGUAACGCGUUAGGUUUGGAGUCAGGGAAGAUCUCUGACGACCAGAUCACUGCCUCCUCUUCCUUCUACGACAACACCUGGUUGCCACGGCAGGCCCGCCUUAACAACGGCAACAACGCGUGGACGCCCAACGAGGACAGCAGCAAGGAGUACAUCCAGGUGGAUCUCCAUGUCCUGAAGGUGUUGACGGGUAUCUCUACCCAGGGAGCGGUGUCCAAGGAGACCCAGAAGUCCUACUACGUCACAACCUUUAAGCUGGAGGUCAGCACCAAUGGAGAGGACUGGAUGGUCUACCGAUUCGGCAAGAACCACAAGGUAGGAUACACUAGUGUAGCACGUGGAGAUGUGUGAACCUGUCUCCUCAGCCUGAAGGGUCCUGCUUGUGCCAGUGAAU